AUGAGCGUGGAGCCGACGUCAGCAUUUCGAUCUCCAGUCAUUACCUCGUCAGCAUCGAUUAAAACUGACCGUCCAGUUAUUAUACAUCCUCAACCUAUCAAGCCCUUCCCACACCCCGAUCCAAUUGCUUUGUACAGCUUCUAUUUGAGUCAAGUAAGUCAAAGUUUGGAUCUGCAGCAACUGACUCAUGUAUCACGAACAAGUGCAUUACCUCAUCCUCAACCAAUCCAUCCAACUUCUGUGAUCACUUCCACAACUUCAAUGCCAGCUAAGCAAUGGGAUGAGUCGUCAAAAAUUGGGCGUAAGGAAGCGUGCAGCCCAGAUUCUCCCCAGAGCAGUGAGACAACAAGCUCGCUGACAUCAAGAUCAAGUCGAUCGCCCAAACGUCCUGGCUCACAAAGAAGCUCAGGGAAGAUGUCAUGGUUAAGUCAUUACAGUACCGAGCAAAACGUUAUUUCGAAUUCAAAUCUAAGUAGUCCUUCACUCCCAUCAGCUGCCUCAGAGCCACCUUACUCAUGGAGCAACCGCUCAAGCGGAAAUCGAUCAAGUGAACUAACGUCAGCAAUGAUGACGGACUACCUGGAUGACGAUCCGUUACUUUGUGCUAUUUGUGGUGAUAAAUCAUCCGGAUUGCAUUAUGGGAUAUACACAUGCGAAGGGUUCGUUGCGCUCUUCUAA